AAACAAAAAUCUUCAAAAAAUUUUAGUAGUAAAAUGAGAAGUAUGGCGCUACUUGUUUGGAGAAGAACCACUUAAUACCUAGGAGCAGACAAAAAAAAGUUCGUCAUAAAAAAUUCCCAAAAUUCCCAUUUCUUUUGUGCCAUUAACAAAAAUUCGAAAUAAAAAUUGCAAUAAAACAGUCAAUAAAACCAUCGUGAAUUUAUCAGUGUUCAAUUACAUAGAAUUUCAUUCAAAAAGUUAAUUUGAAUAAACAAAUUUUGGUGACGAAAAAAUAAAUCAAAAUUUAUUCGAGAAAUUUUUGCAAGGGAGUAAAAUUUUCAUUGCAUCGCCGCGCCGCCGCUGCCAAUGCCACUGCCACCCAACAACACCAAAAUGGCCAAAGGAGUCUCCACUAAAUACUGUCCCCGUUCUCCCCCAUUCCAUUAGACUUUUUAGUGGUGUGGUGGUGGACGACGAAACGAAAAUUUCUUUACAGUUUUUAAAAGUUUACGUAAGUGCACCGAUAUAGUAGAGCAUAGAGCUAGCUAGGGCUGAUUUAAGCCUUCGUCGCCGUGUGCGAAAUUCUUUGUGUAGUCUGUCCCUGUAGUGGUUUUGUGUUCUUUUCAUCUUUUCUUGUGUCGCGGCUAAAAAAGUUUAUUAUUAUUUUGUUGUCUUGUUUUAUAAUUUUUUCUUUUCUUGUUUAUGUUUUGUUUCAUUCGUAUCUCCUUUGUUUUGAUGUGCUCUUCUUCUUCUUCGUCAACGUCUUUUUUCUUCUUGUUGACUAAUUAACAAAUUAACGCGUGCCACAACGACUGCCAUUUCCAUAGGACAGUCGAUCGACCUCGACAGUUCAGCUUUUAGAAUUUUAGAUUUGCAAUCGGAGUUCGGUUCGGAGUCUGCGUCUCUGUUUUGAACAAAAAAAAAUUGCAAUCAAAUUUUCUCGAGUUAAAUAAAAUAUUAUUAAUUGUCAUUUGACAAACGUGAAUGAUAUUUUGGAGUAGACUGGACUGGACACCGCACAAGGUCACAGACGCACCAGACAGAGUCUCAGUUGCAAUCUAAACAUUAUUCGUGUAGAAAAAGAGGCUUCUCUUGCACUGUUGAAAAAUAUUCAAUAGUUUUUUUUUUGGAAAAAAAUGUUUCUUCAAAAAUAAAAAGACCAAAUAACAUCAUUAGAACAAAUCGCAGUCAAUAUUUAGAAUUAUUACCGGAGGUGUGAUUAUGAGUUCGGCGCAAACGCAAAUUGCUGUGACUUCAAACGUCCAUAACUUGGCCACAUCCCAAAUUCAAAAAGACUACAGCGAAGAUUCACUUAACAGACAAAAUAGCUUUGGCAAUAGUAGAUCUAGAGGAAACAUGAAAGGUAAGCACUUGACAAGAAGCCAUGCAAUGCGUGAAUCAACAUCUCCACCACGGACACCUACUCCUCGUACAGAUCAUCAAGUGACAUCAACAAAUUGCGGUUUGGCAUCGUCGUCCUCGUCUUCGUCGUCAUCGUCUACAUCAUCGACGCACAGCCCAUCGCAGGAAACAAACGAUUGCAAAAUGCAUGUACAAUCAUCUUCUUUGUUGUCCCCAACCCCAUUGUUAGAAACUCCCUCGGUAAUUGUUACUAGUCAACACUCCCAACAAACACAACAACAACAACAGCAGAGCGUUAUCUGCAACGAAGCGGACUUUCCAAAGCUAUCUCCACCCAAGUCAUCAAAAAGUCCUCGAAAUUCACAAUCGAGCAAUACAAAUCCUAAUUCCGGAAAUUCCAACAACAACAAUAAUAAUAACCAUAACAAUAAUAGUAAUCGGGAUCUAAUGGACAAGUUCAACAACGCCCAUCAACAACAACAACAACAGUGUUCAGCAUCAGCAUCAGCUGCUAGUGGUGGUGGCGGUGGUAGUGAACAACACACCAACAAAAUCGAAUUCGGCAACGGUAAUGGCAAGAAAGUUGUUUUGGAAAUAACAAAAACGAUAGAUACCGGAGGUGGAGGAGGCAACAGCGGAGGUGGAGGUGGAAAUUGCAUUGCUUCCAAUUCAUGUAAUAUGGAAUACAUGAAUAACCAAACGGAUAACAAUGGCAGUGGAUCACAUUAUAUGCAUCCAGAUGCCCGAGGUAUGGGCCAAGAAGGGACAAUAUCAUUCUAUGACAAAGAAAACCGUUGUCCAAGAAAUGACAGUCAAAAUAGCAACAACUCGCUAUCACCAGAUGAAAAUCAAAAUAGUCUGACUGAUAGUCCAAGCGAUAUUAGUAAGCACGAACGCAUGGGCAAGAAACACAGGACGAACUCCAAUUCGAAAAGCUCAAAACCACGACUAAAAAACAUGGGUUCCUCGUCCAGCAUGGACGGUGGCAAUAGCAACAGUACUUCUGGAUUCAUAUCACGAGGUAAUAGCUCAAUGGAGCAAUUUACUGACCAGAGUGGCGUCGAUCUGGUUCUUUUCUUCAAGGAGACCUUAAAUAAAAAUCCCAAAGAUAGAAACACCUUGAUGAAAAUUGAAAAGGAUCUUAUUGAGCUGGCUCAAGAUAAAACACGCCAAGAGAUGCGAUUUCCAGCAGCUUCCUCUUACAAUCGAAUGCUUAUACAUAGGACAGCUGCAUUCUUUGGAAUGGAACACAACGUUGAUCCGGCAACACAACAGUGCGUUAUUGUAGCAACAACGAAAGGCACUCGUCUCCCAGAUAUUCGAUUUAAAUCGCUCUUCCGUGAACGCAUGUCAGAUGAGCCAAGAAAAUCAAUUCUUAAACGUGAUACUCAUAGCUUCGAUGAUGCUCGCCAAAGUUAUUUGUGUCCCGAUCGUGGUACACUCGAUAGAAAAGCAAAGAGUUUCGAAGAACGUGAAGAGGAAUAUGAAAAAGUGCGCCGACGAAUAUUCCGUAACCGAGAGAAUGGUGAAAUGAUGGAGGAACCAUAUUGGAAUUGGCAAGAAAACUCAGAACAGGCUUCAAGAAUGCGUCAGAGUAAUAAAAUGCUUAAAGUUCAAUCACCGCAAUCUAAUGAUAUGCGCAACGAUGGACGACCAAGCGUUUCAAAAUCUCACAGCUUCGGCGGCUAUGGUGGUCCUCCACCAAACAAUAGUGGUGGUGGUGGUCCACUUAUGCGUGGCGAUUCAAUGAAUUCCACAAAAAGUGCAGGUCCACGAAUGUUUUCGAAACAAGAUUCCAUCGGCAGCAAUAGUACACCCUGGAGAUUGUCACCUUCAAGUAGCGGAUAUAAAACACAAACACAAUCCCUGCGGUCAGAUUCGGUAACUCCCUCUCCGACUGGAUAUGGGAGUGAUGAGCACACGCCAGAACCGUCUGUGGUCCACUCGCCGCCACCAGCUCCAUGUGGGCUCGUAUGGGCCGUCACUGAUAUAGCCAGUGUGCCACGAGGCAGUGUCCUCAUAAAUCCGCACACGUUGCAACCAAUAGUUAAUCAAGACGGUUCAAUUUAUCAUUUUGAUCCGUCCAAUUUGCCACCAAGUCAAGCAAUGGCUUCAGGAGUGUACAGUAAAUCACCUUUAGGUGUCAAUAUGAAAAAGAAACAAUCCGACAAACACAAACUCGGCAAUAAAAUGGACAACAAUUCCUCUGGUAAUGAUGGUAUGUCGUCUUCAUCAAACACCGGAGGAGGAACCGGAGGAGAUACAGCAAAUAGUAUCAUCACAGAAAGUUCAACAGAGACUGUCUCGGAAUCAUCAACUCAAACUGUGGUGCUGGCAGCCAUUAGUAGAGAUGAAGAAAACGAUUCCAAAGACAGUAUUACCAAACGUGAAAUGGAUGACAUACAAGAAGUAGAAACGACUGGAAUUUCUGGAGAAGACUGUGAAAAACCUAUUGUAACGGUAACUACUAAAGUUUUUGAUCGAAUAGAGGUGCAAAAAUUCAAACAUCAAGCUACAAGUCCGAAUAUACCUUCUCCUGAUCCAGAAGGACAAAUGCAGUCAAAUGAAAUUGUUCCUCAAAAUGAACCGAAAAUAGAAAUAAGAGCUCAACCCAUUCAACAGGCAGCAGUAGCAGCAGCAGAACUUUCAAAUUCUAGCAGUUCCACACCGGCCAGUACCAAUGAUAGCAAAAAAGAUGAGCCUAAGAAUUGGAGCUAUACACAAAGCUAUCAGGCUAUUGACGGUUCAACAGUUUUCCAAACAGCUAAUACCAAUCCAUAUUCCACAACGACAUAUCAGCAAGGGCCUGAUGGUAGUGUUUAUGCAGUUCCCCAAGGAAUGGUGUACACCUAUCCUCCGCCAAUGGAUAAUGAAAUGCAGGGUUAUUUUAUGCCUGUAUUUGACCCGUCUCAGCAACGUGAUCCUAACAGCUUAUUGCCACCUGGUUCACAAACCAUCUAUCAACCUACAGGCGGAGCUGCAAUGCUUCCAGUAGCUGCUUACCCAACAACACAAUUUACUGGGGCACCUAUUUAUCCAGGGCAAGUGGUGUACUCUAGUGAUCAAUUUGCUGCUAGCGGAGCAGCAGUUGCUGCAGCAGCCACUGGACAAAUGCAGCAAUAUCCAAUGACUACUACUUAUCCCAUAGGAUACCCGUAUCCAUAUAAUGGCUAUUGGGGCCAAACUAUGACGUAUUAUGUGCCUCAGCAAUCUCUUGCAAACGCGGUUCCUUCAUCGAUUAUUCCACAACCAACGGCACCGCUUCAAAUACCCAACGGUGUAUCAACAAGCCUUGCAACGACUGUAAGUCAAGUAAAUGGAAAUAAUCAUUCAAGUGCCCCAAACAAUAAUAACAGCCACACAGUCAGUGGAGGAGGAGGAGGAGGUGGCGGACGUGGAAAACGCGCAACUCCGCCCCACCACCAACAGAAUAGCGUGCAAGGCAAUAGCCAUUCUGUAACUUCGGGAAAUACAACGUAUCAAUUGGGACCAGGCGUUCCACUUGCACUUGCAUCCGAUAUCAACGGUCCAACAAUGUACGCCAUUCCACAGCAUGCAGUCUUUUCCUCAAAUAUGCUUCCAUAUACUCACCAAAGUACAACGACGCCCGCUAAUGCAGCGGCCGCCACUGGUGUGCUCACUCCACUCCCUCAUCAACCAAACGCUGUGAUCAGUUCUCUAUUCAAUCAUCCUCCCUUGACUUCGAGCAACGGGCCGGUCCCUGUAGAACCACCUCAACCCACGGGUUAUACUGUGCAUACGAAUGUUAGCUCAAAUCAUGCAACUGCCAAUACCGGCAAUGCACAGUCUGCUCCGAGCACACCACAUUCAUUAUCACAUCACAAUCAACGCAAUCCUCCACUCUUUGCAACUCCUCCAAUUCUGUCAAGUAAUUAUAAUUCACCAAUUCAGAAUCACUACCAGAGCUUUACAGACGCACAACAUACAGGUGGAGGAGGUGGCUCAUCACAUUCGUAUGAAAAGAGAAAUAGCAACGGAGUUGGAGGAAUGAACAAGAACAAGUCUUCAAACGGUGCCAGUGGUGGAUACUCUUCAAAUGGACGACAAAAUUCGUCAUCAUCGCUUUAUGGAACCCCGAACAGUAAUAUCAACAACAAGCCACCGGCUGCGUCAAAUGACAUUUCUAACCAGUCGUCUAUGAUGUCUUCGAACGGCCCUCAAGGGCAGCGCCCAAUGCACAUGGGUCAGUCAAAACGCAUAAACGGCUCAGAUAAGUCACAGAAUUCUCUAUUGAACAGCCCUCACAUGGGAAUCAAUGGAAAUCGUUCAGAUUCAAACCAUAACGGCGGUAACAACAACCAAAACACACAGAACGGUUCCGAUAGCAAGCCCCGGGUAUCAUCUGGAUAUCGGCAGAAGCCCAGCAAUCUAGAAUUUCGCCGUAGCGUGAGUCAGCGGAAUUCACCAAGUGCUAACUCCAAUGAAAGUAACAACAACUCGCCCAACAGUAUUGUGUCAAGCUACACAGGUGGUGGCGGCGGAAUACCUUCGUAUGUUGCAACUGCUCCCGAUAACCAGCAGUCAUCGCCGGUAUAUAUAACGCGAGGAACGCACAUUCCACCGAUGCAUGCCGCAGCGCAAAACGCUCAAGCGGCAGCCGUUGUUGCAGCCGCAGCGGCCGCCAAUGAAGCGACAGCCGGUUGUCAUCAACCAUUGAUUGGAGCUUAUAACCAUCCCGGUGCUCCGGCUGGUGUUUACAUCAAAUAUGGACAAACAUACUUUGCACAUCCAACUGUUGCUUUGCAAAACAACCGUCGAUCUCCACCGAGUGAUUUGAGACCACAAAUGGCACCGAUUACAGGAAUGUAUCCGGCAAUGAAUAUGAUGAUAUCAGCACCACGUCAAGUGCAACCAAGGCACCCCAACCCAAACUACAAGGGAUCCCGACCGUCACGCUAAUCCAGCAUCAAAGAUUAAACAAAAAUGCGUAAUAAUAUAAUAAUAAUAAUUUCCGGUCCAUUUUACACAAAAACAAAGAGAAAAAAAAAACAAAAUGCAACAAAAUAUACCAAAAGGAAAAUAAUGAAAUAAUUAAAAUUAACAAAAAAAAAAAAACUAUGAUUAAGCAAAAGAUAAAAAAAAAAUUACGUCAAUAAUAACAACACACACUGUCUUAUAGACGUUUUUGUUUACAAAACAAUAAUUAAACAAAAAAAAAAAAAGAAUAUGAAAUCUCAUUUAAAGUGCAGGUGGUAUAUUGAGAAAAUAAGAACAUACUCGUUAACAACAAAAUUCAAUGCACCUAGAUUUCAAAUUCGAUUCCUAAUUUAUCUCCAUAAUGUAACACAAUAGCUAAUCAAAAAUUUAUGUUAAUAUUAUUAUUAUUAUUGUAAAACACACAUUAGGCUUACUUUGUUAAGACCUGGUACACAGAGAUAGGUAUAUUUAUAUGAAGAUGUAAAAAUGAAGUAAUAUUCUCUUACGACUUCAUCUCAAUAACUCUCUCACAUAACCACUCAAUCCUUAAUGCCAAGACAUUUCAAGACAGUCACGGUCGCGGUCUGGUCAAGUUUGGCAGUCCUCUCCCUCUCCAUCUCCAUGUCCCGCAUCAGAGCCAUCCGCUCUAAAUUGCAUAUUCAUUAUUUUAAGUAACAGAAAUUUCAUUUUUUCUGAGCCAUAAUAUUAUUUAUUUAUUAUUAUUAAUUAUUAUUAAUAUUAGAAAUGGAAUGAUCGUAACAAUUUAUGAUUUAAACUUCGCAUAUAUAUUUUUUUUGUUUCUCUCUUUCUCUUCUUUACUCAAAAUUAUUUAGUUUUCUUUUUUUCGUUUAGUAAAUAUAUAUUGAACGUUAUUAUUAUUCAUACUAAAAAUUCUGUUUUCUUUAUUAAGUUUAAGAAAAAUUUCGAGUUUCCAAAAAUAUUUUUUUUCCAUUUUUUUGUUUUGAUUUUUUUGAUUUUCUUUAUUUAAUUUGUUGCAUUUAUUAAAACAAAUAAAAAAUACACUUCUUACUCGUUUUUUUCCUUUUACUCAGAUUUUAAAAUUAAAAAAAAAAAACAA